AUGGCUAAAUACACAUUGCCCAUCACCGAACUCGCCUGGUUAACAACAGCCACCUCCCAACCCCCAUCGAAGACCUCAAAGAAGGUUCCAAGCGCGCUAUGGCCGCGCAACAAGGAUGAUAUACUUGAAAGUACCCCGGUCUGCCUCAGGGGCGUGCGAGAAGGGGCGUGGCGCUGUUCCAGCAAGUCGAGGACCCGGCAGUGUUUUCGAGGACGGGACAGCGGAGUUACCUCAAUCGGCACCGGGACUGGAGAGAGGGAGAGGAGAAAGAAGUCGAUAUCGCUGUCGGAUAGUCCUGUGGUUAGCAUUGGUACCGUCCGUGUCAAGGGCCUGGAUACGGCUCUGUUCGCUGCGGAGUGGGCUGAUGCCAAGGAGUUGUUAGCUGAUUAUGCGAGACCAUAUGCGGUUCAGGACGGCUGGCUCGUUCAAGAAAAGGAGGGAGAGGAGAAAGAGCAGUUUUUUCUUGGUUUGUGGAUGGCCUAG